GUGAUUUCCCAAGCAGGCGCUUUGCUUCGGGCGGCAACUAAAUAGUAAUCGGAUCAUACCAUCCUUCCAGACUUCUUCAAGCACUCUUACCGCAUACAAUCCCAAAAAUCACGACCACAUCACGCCCAUAGGCUAGCCAGGCAACUACCGUUGACAUCAAAGAUCAACCGCUCCUCCUUCGACAUAUACGAUUAGUACCAUGGCUACCAUGCAGGAGAUGCCCGAUGAGUCGGCUUUCCAGUCGACCGUGUCCGCGCUCCCACCUUCCACCCUCGCCAUCAUCUAUUUCCACGCGCCAUGGGCCAAGCCGUGCGAGCAGAUGGGCGUUAUCCUGAAGACGCUCGCAAGUACAUACCCCGCCGACGCGCCCAUAAAGUUCCUCUCUCUCAACGCCGAAGAGCUGCCCGAGGUCUCUGAGCAAUACGACGUCACAGCGGUCCCAUAUAUCGUUCUACAGAAAGAUGGCAAGACCCUCGAGACAGUGUCGGGCUCAGAUGCCUCCAAAAUACGAGCGGCCGUCGAGAAGUACGCCGGCGCUGGCAGCGGCCAAUCCUCUAGUCUACCACCCGCGCAAACCGUCACACGACCACAGGAGAAUGGAGACAGCACAGGCAAGAACCUCGCUGGGUACGCGCCUAGCGCACAGGACCCCAAGACGGCCCCCGACUACAGCGCAGGGGAGCAACAGACAAACAAGGAGGAACUACACAGGAGGCUAGGCGAGCUGGUCAAGGCAGCACCAGUCAUGCUGUUCAUGAAGGGCACACCAAGCUCGCCGCAGUGUGGCUUCAGCCGGCAGACAGUGGCGAUUCUGCGUGAGAAGGGCAUACGGUACGGUUUCUUCAACAUUUUGGCCGACGACGAGGUUCGGCAAGGACUCAAGGAGUUUGCCGACUGGCCAACCUUCCCACAGCUCUGGGCGGAUGGCGAGCUAGUAGGCGGUCUUGAUAUAGUAAGUGCACUAUCAUAUUCUGCGCACAGGCGCUAACAGCUUGCAGGUCAAGGAAGAGUUCGAGAACGA